AUGGCGUGGGCUGAUUGGCCUCGGCACAUGCCUGCAGAUGCACUUUCCUCAGAAGCUUGUGCGCAGCAACUGGUUGGGUCACAUGAUUCAUGGGAUGUGUUUCGUGAUUCAGGUGUUGGCACCGGGCGCCAAGUGCUCAGCGAUGAUGUUGACAAGUUCACGCUUUCAUUUCAACCCGAUUGUCCAGCCGAGGCCUUGCACUUUUACGAUGCUGUGACUGCUUUUCGUGUCGGGGCCGGUGCCUUUGCAGCGGACCGCCAACUACGCAACACGCUGAAGCAGCAGCUAUCAGGCAUCAAGAUCGCCUUGCGGCGCAAGCGGUUGCAGCCAGAGGUCACAGCUGCCUUGGCGCAGUCCCUGGGGAGCCUGGAAUGCUUGAAGGAAUUGAAAGCAGACAUUAGCUUCAGCUCCAUCGGCGAAGAUGGAGCGCGGCAGCUGGCCCAGGCUGUCGGUUCUCUUCAACAGCUGCGCAACCUGGAGCUCCUUUUGGGAGGUGCUGGACUUGGGUACGCGGGAUGCGAGAGGCUUUCCGAGGAGAUUGGCACGCUGCGGAGCCUCGAGAGACUGAAGCUGGACUUGAGCUUGAACGACAUUGGCGACACAGGGCUGCGGGAAGUAUCGAAGUGCGCCCGUUCACUGCGCCAGCUCCGAGAAUUGGUGCUAGACCUGAAUCGCAACCGCGUGUCAGAUCCAGGAAUCGGAUGCUUGGCGCAAGUGGUGUUGGACUUGCCUUUUCUGACAGACUUGGAAGUUAUGCUCUUUGACAACAGAGUGGGCGAGGACGGCGCGCGGCAGUUGGCAGCAGCUAUGCGGGGCUUGAAGUUGUCUCGCCUGGUUCUGGGGCUCAACAGAAAUGCGGUGUCCGAAGCUGGAGUACAGGACAUAGCCCAUGCAGUGGCUUCGCAGAAGCUUCAGGACCUGGAGCUGGACCUCAGUGUGAGCAGCGUGGGCUGGGCAGGUGCUCAUGACCUCGGCAUGGCCAUCUCCGCCCUCGAGGGGCUUCAAAGCUUGACCCUCGAUUUGAACGUGAACCACGUAGGCUCUGCGGGCGCCCGCCUUUUGGCCCAGGCAAUCUCAGCCCAACAGUCUUUGGUCAGCCUGCGCUUCCUGGCCUCUGGAAACCGUAUGCGCGAGGUUGGCGCACGCGAACUAUCGCAGGCACUGAUGUCACUGCGACGUCUGGUGAACUUGGAGAUGGAUGUCAGUGGCAAUGGUAUAGGCGACACCGGUGCAUGCGAGCUUGCACGUGCCAUGGGCUCACUGGGAAAGCUUUGCAGGCUCGUGGCAGACCUGCGGGGUAACCUCGUCGCGGACCACGGAGAGCGGGAGCUUGCAAGGGCCGUUGGUGAUUUGCCAAAGCUUGAGCGCCUGGAGCUGCGCCUGGCUGGAAAUGGCCGAACUGGGGCGGGGCCCUGGCACUACGAGCUGAAGAACGCCGUGCAGAAGUUGCAAACUGGCGGCUGCAUUUGCGACUUCUCAUACUGA